CUAUCCUGUGAACAGUAGUAAUGGCUGAGCCGAAAACAGCAACGGUGUCGAAGAAGGGCUCCAAGAAAGCCGUUUCUAAGAACCAGGCAAAAGGUGGAAAGAAGCGUAGGAAGUCUAGAAAGGAAAGUUAUUCCAUCUACGUGUACAAGGUGAUGAAACAAGUUCACCCUGAUACUGGUAUCUCUUCUAAGGCGAUGGGAAUCAUGAAUUCGUUUGUGAAUGAUAUCUUUGAGCGAAUCGCUGGUGAGGCAUCUCGCUUAGCACACUACAACAAGCGCUCGACCAUUUCUUCCCGGGAAAUCCAGACUGCCGUGAGGCUCCUGCUACCGGGUGAACUUGCUAAGCACGCCGUGUCCGAGGGCACGAAGGCAGUUACAAAGUACACCAGCUCAAAGUAAACGCCAAGACACUUAUUUGAAGCAAACGGCUCUUUUCAGAGCCAC